AUGGCAUUCUUUGGUUCUGGAUCGGCUGGAAAUUCUGGUGUUUCUACCACUAUGGCAAGCGAGAGGGACUUGGCAAAUGAUAUUAUCAUCAAUAUCCCAGCUGAGGAUUCGAUCUCUGAUAUAGCGUUUUCACCGCAACAGGACUUUAUGUUCAGUGUCAGUUCAUGGGAUAACAAGGUUCGCAUUUGGGACGUUCAAAAUGGUGUUCCGCAAGGUCGCGCACAGUACGAUCAUACUGCGCCCGUACUGUGUACUAGAUGGACCACUGAUGGUACCAAAGUGGUAUCAGGUGGUUGUGACAAUGUUGUCAAGGUAUAUGAUGUGGCCAGUGGGCAAUCACAAGAUUUGGGAACACACGCGGGGCCUGUCAAAUGCCUGCGUUACUUAACUUUUGGAUCGAGUAAUACGGAAGUUCUCGUAACAGGUUCCUGGGAUAAGACUCUGAAAUAUUGGGAUUUAAGACAACCGCAGCCGAUAUCUACGGUGAUGAUGCCCGAGAGAGUUUACACACUGGAUAGCAAGCAACAAUUGCUGGUUGUCGGCACUGCAGAGAGACAUAUCGCUAUCAUCGAUCUCGGUAAUCCAGCUACGAUUUUCAAGACCACACAAUCUCCUUUGAAAUGGCAAACACGAGCUGUAGCGUGUUACAACGAAGGCGAUGGGUACGCCGUGGGUUCCAUUGAGGGCAGAUGCGCUAUCAGAUAUGUGGACGAUGAACAACAGAGAAAAUCUGGGUUCUCCUUCAAAUGUCACCGCCAAACAAGCAGCAACCGAGCUGCAGGUACCCAGGCACAAUCCUUGGUCUAUGCUGUUAACAGCAUUGCAUUCCACCCCAUCUAUGGUACGUUUGUCACUGCUGGUGGUGACGGAUCCUUCCAUUUCUGGGAUAAGAACCAGAGGCACAGGCUAAGAGGUUAUCCAUCAUUACAAGCAUCGAUUCCAGUGUGUAAUUUCAACAGACAGGGUACAGUGCUGGCCUACGCGCUAAGUUACGACUGGCAUCAGGGCCAUAUGGGCAACAGACCGGACUAUCCAAACGUGAUCAGGCUUCACCCAACAACAGACGACGAGAUAAAAGAGAAGAAAAAGAGGUAG